CAUAGUUUACAUACUUAUUCCGGUGCUUCGGCGCACUUUGCCAGUUGUCCUUUAAGCACUCAACUUGGCGGCAGGCAAAGCAAUGGAGAUCGAAGAGAACGCUGCAGAAAGGUGUCGUUGGGUACGAGUCAAUUGGAAAUGGGGCCAAAUCGGUAGUGUGAAACUUGGUAUCUUUCUCCGCUUCAACCCAGUUGUCACGUUUCUUUCCGCCGCAAUCAUUUGGUUUUUCGUGAUUUGGUGCGCAGUCCAAGCCGACGUCGCGAACAAAGAGAUGUCAGGGUGGAUGUUAUGGAUUACGGAGGUCUUCUCGUGGAUGUAUAUCGGUACCCAAGAUGUCUGGGCGCUGUUCAUAGUUGUGCUUUACUUUUCCAAGUAUGGAAAAAUGAAACUUGGAAAACCAGAUGACAAACCGGAAUUCAGUGAUCUGACUUAUUUUACUAUGCUGUUCGCCGCCGGAAUCGGCAUUGGGUUGUUCUAUUUCGGAGUCGCUGAACCUGUUUGGCAUUAUGCACCUGGGAAAUAUGGGAAUCGCUAUUGGGACAGGUACAGCGAUAAUCAGCGUGCCCAGGAUGCCAUCAACUUGACCUUGUUUCACUUUUCAAUCCAUGGAUGGAUUGUGUAUGUAGUGGUGGGUCUUCUUUUGGCUUUUGUGGGUUACAGAAAAGGCCUACCCAUGACCAUUCGGUCCUGCUUCUACCCUCUAAUUGGUGACAAGAUCUACGGCUGGAUGGGUGAUGCUGUGGACAUAUUCUCGGUAGUGUGCACCAUGUUUGGAGUUUGCACCAGUCUUGGCGUUGGUGUCAUGCAGAUGAACAAUGGUUUCAAGCGUCUGAACCCUUCCAUCGAGUUUUCCAAUACCAACCAGAUUAUCAUCAUUUGGGCCGUCACAGCCUGCGCAACAGCAUCUGUGGUGAGCGGCUUGAAAAUUGGAAUUCGUCGGCUGAGCGAGAUUUGCUUCACCCUUGGUAUGUUCAUCAUGCUGAUUGGUUUCUUCGCCGACAAUACUUGGCAUGCGCUGAACGUCUACGUGCAGAGCAUUGGUUACUACACGCAGUGGAUCAUCCAACUUGGUUUCCACACAGAUGCCUUCGCACAACUGGGAAAUGCACCCGAUGGAAAGCAAGCUGAACGAUGGUUCAACGACUGGACCAUAUUCUACUGGGGAUGGUGGAUAGCCUGGUCACCGUUCGUGGGCAUGUUCAUUGCGAAGAUCUCCAAGGGAAGAACCAUCCGUCAAUUCAUCCACGGCACAAUGACGGCCCCCAUUCUCUAUGCAUUCUUGUGGUUUUGUAUCUUUGGUAGUGCAGGCUUGAAGAUGGAGCGUGAUGCCGAAUUAGCAAACAUAACGUGCUCUUCCCCAAAAGGAGGGAGAGGAGCGACCUCCUCCUUGAAUGGUCUGUACCGCUUGUCUUGCCGAGGUAAGAACGACAUGUGGUUUGAUGUAAUGGAACAGUAUGGAGACCUUGGAACGUUCCUCUCCGUGAUCUCACUCAUUAGUGUCAUUCUGUACUUCGUAACCAGUUCCGAUAGUGGUUCUCUUGUGAUUGAUUGCCUGUCAGCAAAUGGAGAUCCAGAACCUCCUGUCAUACAGCGUAUCUUCUGGGCCCUGACAGAGGGUGCAACAGCUACAGCUCUGUUGAAUGCUGGUGGCGAAGAGGGCCUUGUGGCCUUGCAGUCUAUGUCAAUAGCAUCCGGUGUCCCUUACACCAUACUGCUUUGUUUUAUGUGCGUGGCUCUAUGGCGGGCUGUGAAGAUGGAAGGUGGUGACCUCGAUCCAAAUGGCCCUCAGUUCACUACAAGCCUCCUAGAGGUCCUGAGCAGCCCAACAUUAGAAAAAGUCGGCAGGGUUUUGUUAGCCAUCUUUGCCCCGUGGUACUCGAUUGGAAAUGCUGCCUACAAGAUUGAAAGAGGAAAACAUGGAAGAUGGUGGUACAUGACGAUCAUGGCGGUCCUAUUUUACCUCUGGGUCAUCCUGAUGGCGUUGGAGCCAGUCGUGGAUUCUAUUUCUUACGUCGCGUGGGCCUUCCUGAUGGGAUUCUUCGCUUAUGCCACCUCCAUCCGCUACUCCAUCCGUGAAGAAUUCAAUAUCUAUGGCAAUCCCGUCGAAGAUUUCUUCGCUGUAAUGAUAGUGUACCCAUUUGCAGCGUACCAGAUGGAACAACAUAUGGAUAAUGUCUAUCUGCUCGAUCGCCCCUCUGAUGCCUACAUGGAUAAAGCAAAACCAAGCUCGGCAAGUGGCAUGGGUGCAUAUCAAGAAAAUAACCCAAAGCAUCACUUGAAUCACUCCAAUGAGGUGGCAAAGCCCAUGGAAAGUGGUACCUGGACACCUUCGAUGUCAAUGCAGAACCUGUCUUCUAACGGGCCUCAUUAUAACCCUGCUAUCGACGAUGAUGACACCUCAGGUCGGAAAAACCCUUACUACUCAAAAACUGAAGUAAUUUAAGGUGACCGUGAAUUCAUGAACGUACGUACAUACGAUAGGCGCAUGCGUAUUUUUUCAAAAUUAUCAUUAACCUUAACUCAACCUUGUGUGCUAUUAUGGUCCCAGCUUCGCAAGAAGAAGCUAUAUUUUGAGGAUUGGUAUUCUUUUGUCGGCAUAUCCAAGCGUUUUUUUCGGUAUUGCAUGAGAACUUUCAUUACAAAAUCCCCAAGACUGACCUUUUUUUUCAGUCAUUAGUCUUUUCUCUAGCAUCUUCUUAUUUAAAAUUACGAUCAGUAGAGAAAAAUUCUGUGGGACACAUAUUGGGUCAAUCAGUGUGUCUAAGGCUUUCUCUAUAAGAGGGUUGAUUUAACAAACUAAAUGUUCAUCCACUGUUGGUUUUCGGCCCUCUUGACACUGCUCGCAAAAAUAAACGUUUAGAAAAAUAGAUUAGGCUAAAUUGAGGAUUGUUUGAGACGCAGUUUGUUGAGCUACGGCUAAACCUCAUUUAAAUAAUCAGACCUUAAUGUGUUUUUGUCUCUUUACGUGGUCGAAUUGGUGCUUGCCUCUCGUCUCUACUCCUUAGGCAUUGCUGAUAUACUAGUGCUAAUAGGGCGAUAACGAGAGAAUUUUUAAAGAAACCUGGAACCCGGUUUUUACAUUUAUUUUUCAUGAAGUGUCCCAAGAGCUUUUUUCCGCUGAUUAACAGUAAUUGUGACUGUCAGUUAUCAUUCAUAAGAAAAUGUCGUAAAGCGGAACGAGAAAUAUAUACGCAGUAGUUCGUGAAUAUCACGUGAGCUCCAGGCUUUGCCAUCGUACAUGGAUUUUUUUUUUCCUUUCUAUUUUCUUUUAUGGAUGCAAGAAGUAAUGGGAAUUCCGUCGAUGAGGGGGUAGGACAAAGGGGAUAAGAUACUUAAAUAUAAGUUUUCUCUAUCGUGUGGUUCGCUCAGAACGUUAUCAGCAUUUAUCUUAUUGAUAGUGAUGUCAACAGCUCUUUGAACAACUUGGCUCAAGCAUUUUAUACUUAACUCUCGCAUAUGAAGUGCAAGAAAAUUUAAUAAUUCGCAACCCUACUUUGUUAGCAUAUUUGUGGGGGUAGGGGUCGGGGAAAAUUUCUUCCAUUCAACUAACACUUAGCUGAGAGCUUGAUACUCAAAUUAUUACUUAGAUUCUUUAGGUGCGAUUGCUGUCGUAGUGGAUCAGAGAAAAACAUGGAAACUGUUUAUUAAUGGUGUUUUCCAGAAUUAUAUACUGCAAUGUAUAACCAUACAAUAAAAAUGUUAAUGAG